ACGCCAAACAGAGAUAUGGGAAUUUUCAUAAUGCUCUCAACACUACUCUGCCUCCUGUUUUUCUUCCUCUGUCUUAAAACUGCCUUUUCAUCCUCUAUACAUGCUUCUUCCUUCUCAACAACACACCUCUGCUCUCAUGAGGAGGUUGCUGCUUUGUUGCGAUUCAAGACUUUCUUUUCCAUCGAUAACACUCUUUGUUUUACUAAUUAUUCUAAGACUGAGUCUUGGAAGGAAGGUAUAGACUGCUGCUCCUGGGAUGGGCUUAGCUGUAAUGAUGUCACAGGUCAUGUAAUUGCCCUUGAUCUCAGCUUCGAUUGCCUUUCUGGCACCUUUCCUUCAAACAGCACUCUUUUUUAACAAUCUCAACGGACAAAUCCCACCAUCACUUGCAAACCUCACCCAACUUACCUCUCUUGACCUUUCCUAUAAUCAGUUUUCUGGUCCCAUUCCAGCUUCCAUAGGCCAAUUACUUUGAUGGAAAUAUGCCAUUUGGGUCUCCAAAGGGCUGUGGAUUACGAAAUCUCAACUUACAUGGAAAUCAAAUGGAUGGGCUAUUACCAAGGUCUUUGGUGAAUUGUAGAAAGUUAGAGGUUCUAGACGUUGGCAACAACAGCAUAGAGGAUACAUUCCCUCAUUGGUUGGAAUCUCUACCACACCUUCAAGUGCUUGUCUUAAGGUCCAACAGGUUCCACGGUUCUGUGCAGAGCACCAAAGAAAGUCCAUCUUUUCCCAAGUUGCAAGUUCUGGACCUUUCCAGCAAUUAUUUUGUUGGUGCUUUGCCUGUUCGGUACAUUGAAAAUUUUAAUGCGAUGAUGGACCCUCGUAAAGAUGGUGGUUCCCCUAAAUACAUGAUGAUGUCGACGAGAGCCAAUUCUUAUCAAUAUUCGCUGGUUGUGACAUGGAAGGGAUUCGACUAUGAGCUGCAGGGAAUCUUGACCGUAUUCAGUAGUAUUCAUCUCUCAUAUAACAUGUUUGAGGGAGAAAUUCCAGAUGUUAUUGGAAAGCUUAGUUCUCUCAAAGGGCUUAAUCUUUCUCAUAACAACCUUACUGGUCAUAUCCCACCGUCACUAGGGAAUUUGACGAAUCUGGAAUGGUUGGAUCUCUCUUCCAACGAGCUCGUGGGGAAAAUUCCUGAUGAAUUGGAAACCUUGGACUGUGCGGAAUCCCAUUGUCAAAAUCUUGUGAUGGAAUUGGGACACCGCCGAGCUCCUUCCAAGAAAAAGAUGAGUUGUGGAGAUUUGGCUGGAGAGUUGUGGUGUUAGGCUAUGGAUGUGGAGUUGUUUUUGGACUG